CAAAACGAAAAAGCCAUUCUCUUUCCUAUCCUUAAAAAGUCAACAAAGAGAGUGGGGAGAGAGGGAUGAAGAACAAAGAUCAGGAGAAGGCUUCGACCAUCAACGUUUCAGCCCUUACUUGUAUAGAUCUCGCCAGCCCUGAUCUUCAUCGAUCAGCUGUUUUGCUCAAGCAGGCAUGCUUGGAGUGCGGAUUUUUCUAUGUCAUAAAUCAUGGUUUAAGUGAGGAGUUGAAGGACGAUGCUUUUGAGCAGAGUAAGAAAUUCUUUGCUCUUCCUUUGGAAGAGAAGAUGAAAGUCUUGCGAAAUAAAAAGAACCGAGGAUAUUCUCCUGUCCUUGAUCAAAUCUUAGAUCCUGAGAAUCAAGUCCACGGAGACUACAAAGAGUGUUUUUUCAUUGGAAUCGAAGGUCCCAAAGAUGAUCCUCAUGGGGAUAAGCCAUUUUAUAGCCCAAACACGUGGCCUGAUCCUGAUGUUUUGCCCGGAUGGAGGGAGACCAUGAAGAAAUAUCAUCAAGAAGCAUUGAAGGUUUGUAAGUCUAUUUCGAGAAUCUUGGCAUUGGCGCUCAACUUGGAUGUGGAUUACUUUGAUACGCCAGAGAUGCUUGGAAAUCCCAUUGCAGUUAUGCGGCUGCUUCAUUAUGAAGGGAAGUCUGAUCCCUCAAGAGGUAUCUAUGCAUGUGGAGCACAUUCUGACUUCGGCAUGAUGACUCUUUUAGCAACCGAUGGUGUAAUGGGGCUACAGAUAUGCAAGGAUAAGGAUGCGAAGCCUCGGAAAUGGGAAUAUGUACCAUCGAUCAAAGGAGCAUAUAUACUGAAUCUUGGUGACUUGCUGGAACGUUGGAGCAACGGCUUGUUUAAAUCCACAUUGCAUCGGGUUCUUGGGAACGGUCAGGAUCGAUAUUCCAUUCCAUUCUUCGUGAAACCGAGCCAUGACUGUCUGGUUGAAUGUCUUCCUACCUGCCAGUCCAAAAACAACCCUCCCAAAUAUCCAGCUAUCAAAUGUUCGACGUACCUCACCCAACGUUACGAAGAAUCACAUGUGGAUUUGAGCAUCUACGGAAAACAAACCCAAGAGUGAAGCUUAUAAUCUACGCCUUCCCCGAUUAUAUAUGAUAUGGUUUGCAAGUCUUGUUUGGCUUAUUCACCAAACUUAUCCACAAUAAUGAAGAUCCUUUGGAUUAAUUAAAUGUAAUCAAUUUUCAUUUUUAAUUUCAAAGUUAAUAUUGCACUC